UUUGGAGGAAAGCAGGGCUGAGGUUGCAGAUAUUAUCAUGAAAAGAAAACCACAAAUUCUAAACAGAGAUGGAUCCGUUUACGCUAUUCUUGGUGAAACUGCACAUAUUAGAUGUACAGGAGAGAUGAUCCCUAAUCAUGGUUCAGUGUCUUGGAGAAGAAAGGGCUACAGAGUUGGAACAGACCCUGAUCCUUUCGAGGUUCUUGAUGAGAAGUUUGGAACUGAGUUUGUGAGUACUCUGGUUAUACCAGCAGUUCAACAACAGGAUUUUGGGACAUAUGAGUGUUUUGUUGAAAACGAGAUUGGACGAGAUGGAGCAAUAUUUCAUCUCCGCGAGGAAGGUGAGUUGACCCUUGCAAGUAUUAUUGGUAGCAUUCUGGGUCUUAUAUUCACACUCAUAAUCCUAGCAGCUGCAGCAUACUGGAGGACCAUUUUUACAACAACAAAAAGUAUUGUGGAUCCGCAUCCGCAAUACUUGUGA